UCUGCCUGUUGUUGCGUGGACGUAGGGGGUGGUAGUCCUAUAUAUAUGGGAUUGCUCUCCGCUAAACCCCUCUUCUGCGCGGCAUGUGAUUGUGUCCUAUAUGUGUUAUUUAACUAUUUACUAGUGAACGCGACUCUUAUGGUGAUGUUAUCUUUUGCGUUGCUAAAUAGUGGGAUUGUCGACGGAGAUGGAACGCGAUCGCUUUUCGGUGUUCGAUAGCGGAUAUGCGACUAUCUGAUUGCGGGGUAUCAACCGCGAGCCACUCGAGUAGUUCAACUUUCGCGGCCAAAAUGAACUUACAGAGGAUCCUGUCGUGGAUGUGGUGCUUCCUAGUUACAAGUGAAUGUUACAACGCAAAGAAAAGAGGCGAGGAUGGCUCGAAGUUAAUACGUAUUGAUGGUGAUAUCAUCCUCGGCGGGAUCUUUCCGAUGCACGAACAGGUCGCAAGUUCCAUUGGCCAAUCACCAUGCGGAGCCGUGAAAGAAGAGAAGGGUGUGCAACGAUUGGAAGCCAUGUUAUACAUCUUGGACCAAAUUAACGCUGAUACAGAACUCCUGCCGAACACAACAUUGGGUGGUCUCAUCCUCGAUUCCUGCAGUAGCGAUACUUAUGCUUUAGAUCAAAGCAUGGAGUUUGUUAGAUCAUACAUGAAUCAAGACAUAUCGGAGUACAAAUGUGAAAAUGGCAAGACGCCCACUUACGUUCCCCACAAACCGGUAACUGGUGUGAUAGGCGCCGCAUUCAGCGUGGUCUCUAUUAUGGUCGCUAACAUCUUGCGGCUCUUUAAGAUACCGCAAAUAAGUUACGCCUCCACCAGCACAGAACUCUCGGAUAAAAGCCGGUUCGAGUACUUCAGCAGAGUGGUACCACCGGAUAAUUUUCAGGCACAGGCAAUUGUUGAGGUGAUCCAUCUGCUCGGAUGGAAAUAUGUUUCCACGGUCGCUGUGGAAGGCGAGUACGGCGAGAAGGGCAUCGCCAGUUUCAUUGCUCUCUCGUCGGAGUACAACAUAUGUGUCGCCGUCAGUGAGAAGAUCCUGAGAAAUUCCAAAACCGAGGACUUUGAUAGAAUAAUCGAACGGCUGAGCUCGAAGCAUAACGCCAGAGGAGUCAUAAUAUUCGUAGACGAGGAUAAUAUAAGGAAGCUGCUUCAGGCAACAAUAAGGGCCAAUCGCACGGGCCAUUUCAUGUGGGUGGGUAGCGAUUCGUGGGGUGCCAAAGUUCACCCCGUCCGAGAUCAAGAAUUCGCGGCGGAAGGUGCCAUUACCAUUCUGCCCUAUAGGAACGCCCUCAAAGAUUUCGACAACUACUAUUUGAGAUUGCGGCCAAGAAUGGGCGACGAAUGCGGCGGGCAGACAGGGAAGAAUGUUCCCCAUAAGUCUUUGACGGAUAAGACAGUGAACUGCCGGAAUAUCUGGUUCCGAGAGUUUUGGUCGCAACAUCACAAGUGCACUUUCAGCGUGAACGCGUCGAGCGACAUGACACGCUGCACUGGCGAAGAAAACCUUGUCGAUUACGAACAAGAGGGCUUGGUGCCUUUUGUCGUGGAUGCAGUUUACGCCAUGGCACACAGUGUUCAUAAUGUUAUAGAGGAAGAGUGCGUAAAUAAUUUGGGUACGUCGCAUUAUCUCUGCGAGUCGCUCAUACCAGCACCGGACGGUCCACGACUCCUCCAACACAUUCGUAAUAUUAGCUUCAUCGGUCGCCAAAAUACUGAAAUUAAAUUUAAUUCUGAUGGAGACGCUUACGGAUUUUACAACAUCUAUCAAUAUCAAAGGAAGGACGAGGGUCGUUUUGAUUAUAUCCUUAUCGGCACAUGGAGGGAAGAGCUCUCUCUGGACAUCAAUAUGACACGAUGGGCGACCGGAGUCGGCGAGCUUCACAUUCCACGUAGCAUGUGCAGCGAUAACUGCCCGAUGGGACAUGUCCGCAAUUUUGUAGAACCCUGCUGUUGGAGUUGCGUUGCCUGCCGAGAAGACGCCUAUGUAUACAACGACACGUGCAAGAAGUGCAAUCCCGGGUAUGCACCGAAUUCCACAAUGACGGGCUGCGUUAAGCUCACCGCUGAAGUUAUACCCUGGACGAGUCCUUGGGCGCUGGUGCCGCUAAUAUUCGCGUCCAUCGGGAUCCUCAGCACUCUCUUUACUACGGUCGUCUUCAUACGAUUUAAUCGCACUCCUGUUAUUAUGGCAUCGGGACGUGAGCUAUGUUAUGUUCUGUUGGUGGGAAUUCUCUCUUGCUACGGCAUGAGCUUCGUCAUACUGAGCAAGCCAACCACAUGGAAUUGCACAUACCUCAGAAUUGGUCUGGGCCUCUGUCUCAGUAUAUGUUACAGCGCGAUCCUCACGAAAACCAAUCGUAUAUCGCGGAUAUUCAACCAGGGCACGAAGAAGAUCAAGAGGCUCUCCUACACAUCGCCCAAGAGCCAAGUGGUAAUCGCUAUCGGGAUCACUGCAGUGCAACUCAUCGGCACUAUCGUGUGGCUGAUGAUCGAACCGCCCGAUACCACGGAGAUCCAUCCAUAUCCACUGUCCGCUGUACUUACGUGCCGUGUGUCCACCUUCUCGCUGAUGAUGUCUCUCGUUUACAAUAUGUUGCUGAUCCUGAUGUGCACCCUGUACGCGUUCAAGACUCGUAAGAUCCCGGAGGACUUUAACGAAGCCAAGUACAUCGGCUUUACUAUGUAUUCUACGUGCAUCGUCUGGUUGGCCUUUGUGCCCAUCUACUUCGGCACCAACAAUGAUUACAAGGUUCAGAUCGCGAGCAUGUGCAUGUGCAUCAACAUCUCCGCUUCCGUCGCCCUCGGCUGCCUCUUCACGCCCAAGGUCUACCUGGUACUGUUCCAGCCUUACAAGAACGUCCGCCCUGGUCAUCCCAAUACGAGCGGCAUGCAGAGCGGUAAUCGCGCGGCGUACAGCAUGCGCUUCGCCGGCGGUCGCAGCCAGACGAUGCAGAGCGUGACCUCGGGCUCUCGUAGCAGCCCCCCGAUGUCUCGCGGAGGCGCGGGACGUCCGGACGAGCGGAAGCAUGCGAACGGUGAGACCCAGGCGCUGGCGAGUCCGUCGGUCGAAGAAACUUCCGUUAGCUAG